AUGGUGUUGGUGGACAUUGAUGGGCUGCAAGUGGUGUUUCCCUAUGAGACGCUUUAUCCAGAGCAGCUCAAAUCAGGGGGUCAUGCGUUGUUGGAAAUGCCCAGUGGAACUGGAAAGACUAUUACUCUCUUAUCGCUAAUUACGGCAUAUCUGUCGAGCCGUGGGUCAGAUAGAAGCGUUCGAAAAUUUGUCUACUGCACACGAACGGUUGAAGAAAUGCAUAAAGUAAUGGAAGAGAUGAAGAUAUUAGUGGCUAGCCGGGAGAAGGAGCUAAAAGUACAAAACGAUCUCGUGACUGUUGGUCUUGCGUCAAGAAAGCACCUGUGCAUCCACGAAACAGUCAGCCAAAUGGAAGGGUCUGCAGUCGACAGUGGCUGCAGAGCGUUAACUGCUUCGUGGGUACGUGAACAGAUUCAGGAAAGACAGGAGGAUGUCGAGGCGGCUCUGCCGCCACAUUGUAAGUACUUUGAGAAUUACGACAGAGAAGGGGUAGAUGCGAUUCUCUUACCUGGCGUUUACAAUCUCUCAGACCUUCGGGCCUACGGCAGACGUCGCCAGUGGUGCCCGUACUUUCUUGCACGACACUCAAUCACGGUAGCAAAUAUCUUGGUUUAUUCAUAUCAUUAUCUCCUUGACCCAAAGGUUGCUGGUGUUGUAUCAGCUGAGUUACCUCCUGAAAGCAUUAUCGUAUUUGAUGAAGCCCAUAACAUCGAUAACGUUUGCAUUGAGGCAUUGAGUGUAGAUCUAGAAGAGCCGACCCUUCGAGCGGCAUCCCAAAAUGUGACCCAACUGAGGUCUGCAAUAUCUGGGGCGAAGCAAGCUGCAAGAGAAAGGUUGAGGCAAGAAUACACUCGGAUACUCUCCGGGUUGCCACUUGCCCAAUCUAACGCGCAACAUGCUCGAGGAAACGCCUCUGAAGGGCACUUAUUCGUCGGUGGGGAAGAAAUAGCGCUCGCGCCAGUUUUACCGAAUGACGUGCUGCGGGAAGCCGUGCCUGAAUCUAUCAGAAAGGCAGAGGCAUUUAUAGAGUUUCUCACCAAGCUGGUUUCUUUUCUUCAAAGGCGAGCGGCAACAGAGACUGUAUCUCAGGAGAAGCCGACACCUUUUCUCGUUGAAGCUGCGAAUGCUUGCUCCGUCGUUGAUAAAAGGGUAUUUCAAGGCACAUACGACCGCUUGAUAUCGCUUCUUCUCACUGUGCAGGUUUCAAGUUGGUCUGAUUUCAGACCGUUGUCGAGGGUUGGAGACUUCAUCACCAUACUGUCUACUUACGAGAGGGAGGGAAUGGCUGUGAUCACGGAGCCCUUCAAUGACUUCACUGGGGAAUAUGAGCCCGUUUUGCGUCUAGCAUGCCUAGAUGCGUCAUUGGCGAUACGGUGGAUUGUAGAGAGGUUUCGAACGGUUGUAAUCACGUCUGGGACGCUCAGUCCUCUCGACACAUACCCGAAGAUGCUCAAUUUUCCAGUUGUCGUAUCUUCGAGUUUUAACAUGUCCAUGGAUCGGAGAUGUGUUUGCCCUUUAGUUAUGACGAGGGGUUCGGAUCAAAUGGCUUUGAGCUCGAAAUAUAAUGACCGGCAAACGUCUGACGUUCCGCGAAAUUAUGGACAUGCACUGGUGUCCCUUGCGGGGUGUACUCCGGACGGGAUUGUGGUGUUUUUCGUGAGUUAUGUUUUUAUGCAACAAGUGGUCAAGGUGUGGACGGAAGAGAGUAACAUAUUGAAUGAUUUACGAAAACUCAAGCUCGUGUUUGUCGAAACUCAAGAUCCAAUCGAAGCAUCGCUCGCAAUCAAAAAUUAUCGAGCUGCUUGCGACAGUGGCCGGGGGGCAAUCCUCCUCAGUGUAGCGAGGGGUCGUGCAGCUGAAGGAAUCGACUUUGACGGGCAAUAUGGACGAGCCGUGAUAUUGUUUGGAGUUCCUUUCCAAUACACGGAAUCCCGCGUCCUCAAGGCCCGUUUGCAGUUUCUGGCGGAAUAUCUCCAGAUUCAAGAGGAUGAUUUUCUUGUCUUCGAUGCCAUGCGACAAGCGGCGCAAUGCGCGGGCCGUGUAAUCCGCAACAAGAACGACUACGGAAUUGUAAUCUUCGCGGACAGGCGGUUCUCGCGGGCCAAGCUGCGGAGCAAAUUGCCCAAAUGGCUCGCACAGUUUUUGACGACCGAGACGCUCGAUCUAGAUAUCGGAUCGACGAUGGCAGAGGCGCGUGCUUUCUUGCUCGAUAUGGCGCAGCCGACUCCGGCAAAAGAACGGGUUGAACCCCCUGCGCUGCCAGAGCUCGAGCCCAUUGGAAGGCCAGGCCACGGAGCAGCGACGUGAACUCUGCUCUGCUCGCCUCGCGCGCGCCUCGCAGUUGUGACAAGUAACCAACGUGCCUCGCGUCACCCAAGGUCGAAAGGAAGAGACUCGGUCUUUCAGGGGUCUUUCAGAGAAGUGCCACCCUGACGUGAAUGGAAUUGCAGCGACAAGAUGUUACGUGCGCACGUGAUCAGAGAUAUUGGCAGUACUGUACUGUACAGGUACAGGUACCGUUGAAGGGUACUGUAACCGCCAAGCACAUGGGUGUGACAAAUGACAAGGGAACAAGUGAAUUUGAGUUUGUGCGUGAUUUUCUUUAAUGCAGAUUUCCCCGCGUCUGCGCAGGACUCCUCCGUGGCAACAUGUCGUUCGAUUGUCAUGUCAACUUGUGCCUUGUCUACAAUACGGUAUGCAGACAAGAGAUCUCUCUCCAAGUAGCGCCGUAAUCAGCUGUGCGUGCCGCUAAUUCACUGGGCACCAGCGGUCCGACUGCGCCUGUCGGAAGCGGUCAGUCGAGACAGACGUUAUGCUACGUUGCAACGAGACAAUCGGCAAACGCAGUCCCGGCAAACGCAGUCCCGGCACACGCAGUCCAGGCAGACGCAGUCCAGGAAACGACAGACGCGGCGCAGAGCCCGACCGAUUCGAGCGAGGUUGGCACAAAAACUACCCCUCCCCGCUCCGACGGCCCGUGGCAAAACGCAGACUUGGACAACAUCGUAGCACAGAGAUGGAGAAAAAUAAAGAAAAUAAAUGAUUCACUCAAGAUGCUGA